AUGGGCAGUUUCCUGGGCAAGCCGAGACACUCGCGGUCGUCCCCAGCCCAGGUGCCCACCGACUUGCCCGAGAGGCCCAAGACCCGCCGGCCAGCCCGGCCCUUGUGCCAAGUCCAUCGGGUUCAGCACGUCCACCGCGUCCACCCUGCCCCGCGGCACAGACCUGCCAGGAGGCCGCCAAACUGGGAUCCUGCCAAUCCGGCUGCGUUCGUCAAUGAGGCUUGGAGGCGCUUUCCCAUGAACAGGCCACAGAAUUCCAUCAUGGGGCCUCUUCCUUCAGAUUGGUGGGAAAGCUACCUCAAGCGGAGUAUUUGGUCUCUCCGCCAUCCCAGAGCCACAUGGAGCCCGGUGACCGUCAAGAUCGCUUCUCCAGAGCAGAGAGUGCACCCCAUCCUUUCCCCAGCAGAUGUGAUUAACUCUGUGGGAACUUCCUCUUCUGAGGAGCCAUCAGACCCGUGUGCAAAGGAGAAGGUGCUGAGGACCCUUAGAGAGUGCAGGAAAGGGAGACUGACGUUGAAAGAACCACUAUUCCUAGAGGGCUUGGACAGUAAGAGAAGUCCAGAGAUCAGGAGAUCUGCCUUUAAGCCCCUGAUGAAAAAUGGAGCCCUUGUUUCUUUUGUGCCCAGGCCAGGGCUGCUGAAAAAGAGCCUCCACCCCUGGAGUUCAGAUCACAGUUUGAAGAGGUCCAAUUAUUUCUCCAUGAGCAACUUGGCCAGAAUACGCAGAGGCCCUCUCAUUGCCAAAAGAAAUGCUAUCAGCAGCUCUUCCGGCUCUUCCAGAGAUAUCUCAGUGCUUUGGAACAGACGUUUCCCCAGUGCAUCUUUCCAGACACGAGUUUAAAAUGGCCAGUUUAAAAAGAAAGAAAAAGCUUACCAUUCUCACUCUCCGGUCCCACUGUUAUCAGAUAUUCAAUCCCCAGGAUCAUCUGAUAGAUCUGGGCAGAAGAUUCCACAGGUGCUAUCUAGUCCUGCCGACCUGUUGUCCAAGAUCCCACUUCCCGAGCUUUCUGAUGAGAUCUUAACCUUGGGGAAGGAAGCUGGUCUCCAGUGGAGAAACAAAACCAGAGAGGAUACCAGGGACUCCAUCCCUGAGUCCUGGACUGGUAUUCAGUCUUCCCUAUCUCUCACUCUGCCUUCCUCUGAGACAGCAACACCUACUGAUACAAAUCCUCAGUUGGAAAGCUUGAAGAAAACACAAAAGUCCCUAGGUCCACUGACCUCCACACAUUCUACCGAAGAGGCAACCAGUGUGGCCCACUCACCUUUGAAGACACCAAGCCUGCUGGACCCACUUGGGUCCUCACAGUCAGAGCCCCUUCCAGGCAGUUCUUCAGAUUCAAAGCCCACAUCUACUUUCAUCCUUCUGACCCCAACCUCUCUCACAUCACCAGUCACUGAUCAGUGACCUUCAACCCCUCAGGCUGACAGGUCUGCCACCCCAGGCCCACCUGUCAUUAUCCCUGCAGUACCCACAAUACAAAGUGCUUUGUUUGGGGUGAUGAGUAGUUCUACUCUCCAUCUUCCUGCACCUGCACCUCCCACUACAACUUCUGUUCAUCCUGUAUUAAAACCUAUUUUGGGGCCCUUGCACAAUUGUGAAAUUGAAGACUCUUUGUAUUUUAGGAUUUCAGUCAUAGCUUUGGUGUCUUCAAGCUCUUCCCUCUCCACAACUUCAGGAAUCUUAACUUCCACCCUCAAGCACAUUUUUGGCAGCAUAGAACCACUUAAAACUAUGCCAGAGAUAGCUUCUUUCUCCCCCAGGCAGCCCUCUCCUCCAUGUACUCAUCUCUUCCGUGGCCCAGUCAAGGCCACCUCUGUGGUCAUGUCUACCACACCAGCCACUACGUACACUACGUCUGCUGUUAAGCCACAUCUGGAUUUUAGCAUAGUGAAUGUUACCAACACCAUGGGCAACACUUGCUCUGUCCCUUCCUCUUGCCACACUUCCCUGCUUGGGGCUAUCCACAUCUUCAGGGCUGCUUUCUCCCCAGGCACAUGCUUCAUUUUUCUACCAUAUCAGCAUCCUGCCAUUCCUACUGUACACACAGUCACUGUCUUUAGCCAGGUUCUUCCUAGUGCUAGCCAGAUAUCCCCUAACACUGUUAAUUUUAGGGGUAUGAGAAGCACUCUGUCAGCCUCAGUCCUAGUACCCAAAGGCCAGCCUACAUUGUCGCACAGUACCUCCAACCUGACCCCAGCACUCACAAUCCCUUUGGGGUCAAAUUCAAAAUCACCUUUCCCACUAUCCCUAGUAGUCACUCCCCAGCCUGCAUUUGGUCCCCAGCCAACUCUUGCCCUAAGUUUGAGUAGCUCCUUCCUUUUGGGGAACUCAGCAAAGGCAGCCCCAACUCCAAAGCCAGCUGCAGCUAAGCCAGUCCUCAGCAGUGCCACCUAGUCAGCCUUUUGGGUUCUAACAUUUUCAGCCUCCACCUUUCACACCCCAGCAGGUUCUGGCAGCACUCCAGCUAGUUUUCCCUUUAGUCAAGCAAGUCCAACUGGCUUUGGAGUUGUCACCCAGAGCCACCAGAGUGGGCGAGGCUCAGAAUUUGGCAGCACAGCCCCACGACCUUUUGCCUUUGGGGGAUUAGUGACCCCUAAGGACUGAGGGAAGCAUGAAGUCAUUGUGACUGCCCCAGACAUGAGCUCCACCUACGGGGCAGUGCUGAGUGGGACUGCUUCUCCCUUUGGAAAAGGCAGGAGCCAGAGCUCACCUUUUGCCUUGGGGAAGGCCAGUAUUUCUGCAAGAAAGACUAUGUUUGGGGGCCAUGGAGGAGGCUCACUGUACUUCUGUUCUUGGACCAGUGAAGGCAGAGAGCAGUCUCGUUUUGGGAAGUCCUGCCCACCUGCCCAGGGUUAUGUUGGGAGAGAUUCUUCUAGAUCAUUGGUGCGUUCAUUUUCUAUUUGUGCAAAAUCAAAAACUCCAAGGAAUUGGGAGCAAAGGCAUUCCCGAAGACAUCGUGCCCACAAGAAAUAG